UGCUGAUGAAAAUUGGAUUCGUGCUUGAUAAAGGAGUGUUGAGCGGUCUGAAUUGUGAGAAUUUAGACAAACAAACACCCAGAGACGGAAAGUGAGUAGAAAAUGGGAAAGGAAGGUGAAUUGUGGGAUGAUUCCGCUCUCAUCAAUGCCUUCGACCACGCCAUGUCCAAGUACAAGAUAAUGCAUGGUAAAGGGCACCAUGAUGGUUCAACUGGGGGAGUAGAAGUCAAAAACAUCAUGGGAGAAAAUGCAUGUAAUCUUGCUGAUGAGAGUGAUGAGGCUAAAAUAACUAUGGAGGCAGAUGAUAAGAGCAAUGUUGCGUCAAAUUCCACUGCAGAAAUUGAGAAGACUAAUAAUAUUUCAUCGAUUAAAGAAAACUAUUGUGUAGUUCCAUCUGCUCCCAAACCCCAUGUGGAUUCAUCAGAUGUGCUGCCCGUGCAAGAUGAACCCAAAGUCGGAGGCUACUCAAAUUCACAAGGUGUAGAAGAUUAUACCCAGCUACUUAACCAGUAUUAUGAGGUUGAGGAGCAAAGGCAAAAGAUUCUGCAGCAACUUCAUCAAUUGGGGAAUUGGAAUAAUCAUUUUUCUGCAGAAGGUUCUAGUUAUGUACAGUGGGGUACCGGUUCAAGUUCUCAAGAAUGUCAGCUCCUUACAAGCCAAGCUUCUCAUCCAACAAUGGUCUGUUCUUGCUGUCCAUAUGUUUCUCAAUGUGUGGUCACCCCAUGUACUUUACCUGCUUGUUCCUUGGGUGAAGCAUGUGUUGGUAAAACUUGUAUUGAUGCCACUGCUGCAACGGGUCCUGAGAAGCGAGUGGCUGUCGAAGAUGGUGAUAUUGUCAAAACAGCUAUGGGAACUGCAGAAAAAGCAAUUUCUUCCAUGAGAAUGAAAAUUUCAGAGAAAGAGGAUGAGAAAAACGAAGGUGAAGUGACACACAGUGCCUGCUCUGAAACAGAUCUGACUGUUGUUUUGAAUGCUUGGUAUUCGGCAGGCUUCUACACUGGCAAGUAUCUGAUGGAGCAGUCCAUCACAAGGAAGCAUCAAGGUUAGGAGGCCUAGAUUGCCAACCAGAUGCAAAAUGGUCUACGUCAAAUCUUGUUCACGCAAAAAUAUAAAAUGAAGGCCUGGGCAUUAGAUCAUUAACUCUGGAAGCUGCACAUACAAGUUGAACCAAGCUGGUGCACUGUGAUAGCAUUGAGUUAGCAGAUAAAGCGAGAGAAGUUUUUUUUUUUUUUUUCGAAUUCCUUCAAUACAAUUGUCAGAAAGGUAUUAGUUUUGGAUUGUGCUUGUGCCAAAUAGUUGUGUUCUUCACGUUUAAAACCACACUAAUGGUGGAUAUGCAAUAGUUUUUUAGGCACCAGUGACUAAGGUUUAUUUGUUUGAACCAAUUUUCUUUUAAAUGUUGUGUUGGUGCUUGACCCAUGUGAGGAAAACCGAUAUAGUUGUAAUACAUGCAUUUUCCCAAUGUCUUUUUCUUUCA